AUGUUGAAUACUGGAGCUACUCAAGACCUUGAAACUUUCUUGGUAACAUCUUGGUCUAUAUGGUAUAAUAGAAAUCAAAAGGUGUUUGAGGAUGACGACCUUUCGCUUGACCAAGUUUGGUUCUUUGCUGUUGCAACCAGAUUUGAUUAUAGAGAGGCCACUGCUCUGUGUAAUAAGAACCAGACCUCCGAUGCAGGUAGAUGGGAAGCUCCACCAUCAGGUAUGUGCAAGGUUAAUGUGGAUAGAGUUGUAUCUAGAGAUGGAAGAUUGCCUAGUGUUGAGGUCAUCUUUGAAUCAAAUGCCCUCACAGAUGUCCAAGACCUCCAAGCGAAGGAAACAAAUGGCAGCUCAGGCCAUUUGUACCAAGGAAUUGUUACUCUCCUUGAGUCUUUUUGUAGUUGGAAAGUUUGUCACUUGAAAAGGAAGUACAACAAAUCAGCGCAUGCCCUUGCUCAAUUUGCAAAAUGUAAUGGAACAAACCAAGUGUGGAAAGGGUGUGUUCCUUGGAUGGUCCAGCACAUCAUCGAGUCUGACUGCUCUUAG